GUAAGGAAGCGGGGAGGGAUGGGAAGUGAGGGGAGAGUGAGGGGAAGGGAAGCAGUGAGGGGCGGGGCGUGAGGGAGGGGCACGGGGCAUCAACUUGAGAGAAGUGUGAAGUGGUCCCAGGGCGCAGAGGACAGACGCACUCUUGGGCAUCGGGGUGUAGUCAGUCAGCCAGUCAGUCAGGUCCAUUUGGUCAGGCAUUUGGUGGGUUCUCCGCGGGUGGACUGUGACGAAAGGAAGUGGAGGCGGAGAGGAAGAGACGAGAGGACAAGUGGAUAAAAAGUGAAGAGGACAAAGAGGACAAGAAGGAAGUGAUCGUGACAAAAGAGGAAGGGACGUGACAAAAGAGAGACAAACGUGACAAGAGGAACAGUGAUCGUGACAAAAGGGGGAAAGAACGUGACGAAAGGAAAGGAAAAGUAGGGAUAAGGAGGACAACGAGGAAAAUAAAGUAAAGGACGUGACAAAAGAGAAACAAACGUGACAAGAGGAACAGUGAUCGUGACAAAGAGGAAAGAACGUGACAAAAGGAAAGGAAAAGUAGUGAUAAGGAGGACAAAGAGGAAAAUAAAGUGACCGUGAUAAGAGAGACAAGAAAGUGAAAAGACGACAAAGAGGAAAGUGACAAAAGGACAAAGAGGAAAAUAGGUGAUCGUGACAAAAAAGAGGAAGUGUUCGUGACUUAUUAAAAGAGGAAAAACUUGCCUUAGUGUUCCUGUGUGUUGCUGUGUGUUGAACGUGCCGCUAGUGUUGUGUUCCGAGUGUUCCGUUCAUAGGACCUUACAAAACAACGGAACACAGAUAAGAGAAGGAAUAACAAUACCUCCUGUACGAAUAAAAGAAAGGAAAACAGACAGGAAAAAAAGAGGGAAAGAAAGGAAUAUCAGUGCUACCAAUGAACGUAUAAAGAAAAAACAGGAAAACAGGAAAAAGGGAAAGAAAGGAACAUAAGCACUAUCAAUAAACGUAUAAGAGAAAAAACAGGAAAAAAGCAGGAAAACAGGAAAAAGGGAAAGAAAGGAACAUAAGCACUAUCAAUAAACGUAUAAGAGAGAAAACAGGAAAAAAGCAGGAAAACAGGAAAAUCAAGGAAAACCAGCGCUACCAAUGAACAUAUAAGGAAAAAAAACAAGAAAACAAAACAAAGACAAUGAAUAUGUUCGUGCCAAGAGCCUUACCCUGGGAACUCCCCCCGCCCCCCCUUCCUCCCCUGGGCGGCCUCCUGACGAUGCUGGAGUCCAAGGAGGGAAUCAGAUCCCCCUUCUUCCUCCCCACCGCCCCCCACGUACCCCGGACCGCCGCCUGCGUUGUGCUCCCCCGCCCAGCCAGCCCCACCCCCGCCCCCGCCCACGCCCAUGCCCGCAACAGCCGGUACGCCCCUCCCAUCAAGCGUGCCUCCUCCCCCCCUGCCUCAACCCCGCCCUUAAAAUUUGGGGUGGAGAGGUUGCUGUCCGCGGAGCCUAGAAAGGACACCCCAUCACUGCAGGCGCCCUCACCACCACACCACCACCACCACCACCACCUUCAAGUCCCCCUCGCAGCGUCCCCCACCAGCCGCCUCCACCAGCCCUCCCCCACCACCUCCACCGCCUCCCCCUCCCCAACCUGCACAAGCGGCCCCCUGCCCCCCUGCCUCCCCCACUGUGGCUGUGAGGGGGGGAAGUGCUUGUCUGAACCUACCUAUUACUACGCUCCCCUCUAUGCCACCCAUCCCGCCCACCUGCUGUCAUAUCCCGCCCUGUAUGGCGGAGGCGUGGGCGGCGGAGGCGGGCAUCGCGGGGAGGUGGUGGGCGUGGGUCAGGCUGGGGGCGCGCACGGGCGGAGGAAGAGGACGUGGACGCGCGCGGUGUUCAGUAACCUGCAGCGGAAGGGCCUCGAGAAGCGCUUCCAGAUGCAGAAGUACAUCACCAAGCCGGACCGACGCCAGCUGGCCGCCACGCUGGGCCUUACCGACGCCCAGGUCAAAGUAUGGUUCCAGAACAGACGGAUGAAAUGGAGGCACUCGGAACUCAAGAAGCGAGACCAACAGCAACAGCAACAGCAGCAGACACAGCAAACUCAGCAGCAGGAACAGCCCCCACAGCAAGGCCCACAGACAGACAGCCAGAUGGAGGAAGAGGAAGAGGAGGAGGAGGAAGAGGAGUCAGAGGGAGGAAUGGAUUGCACGGAGGAGAGGAAUGGGGUCUUCAGGCCUGGAAGUGAAAGGGAGGUGAAUGGGACGGACGACACAGCGGCCAAAAAGACCUUAUAGAACCUCAUGAAUCUCUUAAUAUACGCGAUAGACAUACUAAAAAGAAAGUUAGUGUGAAUGAGCACCUAUUUAAAAUCUAUUCCUACUCAUAAAAAGUCCAGAACAGAAUAAUUAAUGGAAAAAAACAUAAUAGAGUGACCUUACAGAACUUAAUAUACUCAAUACACAUAGUAAAAGAAGUCUAAUAUGAAUGAGCACCUAUUUAAAAUCUAUUCCUACUCAUAAAAGGACCAGAACAGAAUAAUUAAUGGAAAAAAACAUGAGAUAGUGACCUUACAGAACUUAAUAUACUCAAUACACAAAAUAAAAGGAAUCUAAUAUGAAGAAACACCUUUUUAAACAUCUAUUUCUACUCGUAAAAAGACCAAAACAGAACAAUUAAUGGAAAAAGCAUAAUAUAGUGACCUUACAAAACCUAAAUAUACUCAAUACACAAAAGAAAUACAAUAUGAAGAAACACCUAUUUAAACAUCUAUUUCUACUCAUAAAGAGACCAUAACAGACUAAUUAAAGGCCACAUCAACAUAUAUUACUAGCGAGAUAAUUAACUGGGUGCUAUAUUGGUCCAUUUCAGUGAAGAGAUCCUAUUUAUCAUGUAUUUAGUGUAGGUUUUUUAGUUCCUUUCUCGCCCUGUACAAUAACUUAUAAUAAUUUGAUGUCCUGUAUAUAGAGUUAGAUGUAUGAUAUGUAAUAGAGGUGAUAAUGCAGUCAUGUCUCCUAGA